AUUUUCCUUCCCUUUUUUCUGGUAGCCUAAGUCUAUAAAAAACUGAGAAAGACGUGCUGUUCUGUGAUAGGAAUAGUAGAAGAAAUAUGUAGUAAUCUAGAAGGAAAAUAACCGAUGGAAUGGAACUGAAUAAGCAUGGCGCACAUUGGUUCAAAGGGAGUAAAGAAGGGCAAUACAUUGAUUAUGAAGAUGAUCACAGAUAUGAAGAGCUUAGGUGUCAGUCAACAAAAACAAGGAAUGUAAAAGAAAUUAGCAUUUACCAUCCAACCACACCUAGGAGAUCUUUGAAACCUCUUUUGGCGGUUCUUCUCUUCAUCAUUCUCAUAUGCGGACUUGCCUCGACAUCUGCAUUAUAUGGUCUCGAGAAAAGAAAAUCCGAAGAUAACCAUCCGCCGAAAUCUUUGAUUAAAGAUGAAUUUUUGAAUAACCUAUGAAGAGGCCAGAAACCAAAAUCAACAAAACAGGGAAACAGAGAGUUGGGAAGCAGAGGACAUAGUUUUCUGAUCAGCUUUAUCCAAAGUAACAAUAAUGAAAGUGAAUCAAACCGAACAAUUAUUGUGUCAUCAGAAACUGAUUUCAAUUUAACAGUUUCACUACCAGAGACUAAAAGUUCAAGUCUUGUAUCCAUUUCUAGUCGUAGAAGUGGAAACAUCAUCAUGAAGAAGUUAGAUGUACACUAUUCUCUUGUUCCUUUUUACUUCACCCCUGAAUAUAAAGGUAUUAUCAUCAACACCUCAGUCCCGUCAACUGUAUUGUCUUAUCAUGGACUUCAUUUAUCUCCAGAUACCACAACUGUAUUACCAAUUACCAAGCUUUCAACAUCCUACAUACUAUUGACAGCACCGCCAACACAUAAUUAUUUCGACAGUGGAAGUCAUUUCACAGUUGCUUCUUUGAAUGACAAUACUCUUGUUAGCAUUGUAUUCGCACUUGAUCAUGACACAGAUAUAGCGCUUCAGGGAAGAAGUUAUGGGAGAGGGGACAAAUUUAAUAUUAUUUUAAACAGAUAUCAAACGUUUCAAAUAGGACAUCAAGCAGAUAUGACAGGAACAACGAUCCAUUCUUCCAAACCGGUUGCAGUUUUUGCAGGAAAUAGUUGUAGUAAUGUCAGUUACUAUGGCUACUGCAGUAUGCUCAUGGAAAUGGUUCCACCCACUGAAGAAUUAGAUAAUGUAUUCAUCGUGCCCCCAAACAUUCAUAGAUUCCAAUCGCAUGUACGCAUUGCAUCGAUAGAGAAAACGGAUAUAAAAUAUAGCACUGAGGAAACCUCUACAAGAACACUUCUUUUGAAAAAUCGGUUUGCUGAAUUCCUUGUUCGCGAACACGAAAUAGGUGUUAUAUUUUCUACCAAACCUGUGUUAGUGAACAGCAUUGCAGCUUCUUCAGCAAAUGCUAAAAUAUAUGGCGAUGCAUUCAUGGUCACCAUUCCUGGAAUUAAUCAGUAUCUCAACGCUUACACAAAUUUCGUGCCUGAGGGGUACAACUUCAGCUUCGUUACUUUUAUGAUAAAACAUGAUUCUCUUAGAAAUCUUCAAAUCAACGGAACAAAAUUCAAUGUAGAGAGCUGUCUUUUUAAAGCUUCAGUUUCAGUUGGAAAGCAUCUUUACUAUGUUUGUACUACAAGUGUUUCGAGCGGUGUUAUUGAUGUUAAAACAUCAGAUGGGUCGCGAUUUGGUUUUAUCGUAACUGGUCAACGCGCAUUCGAUGGUCAUGGCUACACUGGAAAUACACUGUUGAACAUUAAUUGUGAGACUUGACAACAACAUUGCAAAUUAAUGAUUUUUCCCUUAUAAUCGAAUGAAGUGCAAAGGAUCACAGUUUGAAUAUUUAAGGAAGUCUAAUAAUGUGCUUGACUACAAACUUUAGUAUUCACUAUGGAAAAA